AUGAUAGAAAUGGAACUCAAUUAUAGACUCUUGGUCAUAGCAGUAAUUAUAAGCGCAAUGCAUUUUCAGAUAGCUCAUUUGCAACGUGAUAAUAUACAGGGCCAAAAGUAUUGCGGCAGUCAGAUUGGAAAGGCGCUAUCCACAAUAUGUAAGGGAAACUACAACACCCUCAAACGAAUGGACAGGUUUCCACGUCCUGCACAAUGGGAUGGCAUGUAUGGUGACAUGCCCAUGCCCGACGAAAGCGAUUUGGGCUUUCCCUACCAAAGUAAAGAACAAGCGUCAACACUUAUGGGAGGAAAGAGGAGGAAAAAGCGAUGGGGAGUAUACAACGAAUGUUGCGAAAAGUCCUGUACCCAAGAAGAACUGUCGUCCUAUUGUGCCGAAGGCAAGAGGAGAUAA